AUGGAUGUUACCUUCAUUGAGGAUGAGAUGUUCUUCUUUGAUACACUUGAACAUGUCAUUCAUAAGGAGACUUGUAGGGGGGAAUCGGCCAAACCUGCUACACCGGUUAAACUUGCUACACUAGCAGAACCUGUUGUUUUAACUGAUGUCACUGCUCUCAUUGAACCGAUUGCCCCUGUUGCUUCUCAAAUAGUACCUGAUCGAGCUAUUCCUGAGAACAGAAUGGAUGGUAUUAAAAUUUCAACCCGUGUUGAGGAGGCGCUGUAG